AUGACAGAAAGCCUCAACAUGACAGAAAGUCUCAACAUGACAGAAAGCCUCAACAUGACAGAAAGCCUCAACAUGACAGAAAGUCUCAACAUGACAGAAAGCCUCAACAUGACAGAAAGCCUCAACAUGACAGAAAGCCUCAACAUGACAGAAAGUCUCAACAUGACAGAAAGCCUCAACAUGACAGAAAGCCUCAACAUGACAGAAAGUCUCAACAUGACACAAAGUCCCAGUACAGGGUAUGUGACUAGUUAUAGAUACUGCAAAUGGCAAGAUUAUGAUAGCAUUUAUAGUGAACUGUUCAAAAAUGUCAAUCUGGACAACAAGGCAAACUACAUGAGACCUGGAUACUUUCACACUCCUACCUAUGUUCAUGUGGACUUGUUUGUGACAUCCAUCAUACAAGUGAAUGAAAAAGCCCAAAGCCUCUCAACACAGGUCAAAAUAUACACGAUUUGGUAUAAUAAAAUGUAUUUGGGGGAGUUUUAUGACCGUUGUGGAAUAUCAAGAUUUGAAGUAAAAAAAGAUUGGUUUUGGUAUCCAGAUAUUCUCAUCAAAGAAAGUAUCAAGACAGAUUUUGGAACAAAGGAGUCUCCAUAUGUCCAGCUGUUCUGGUGGGGAAGGUCUCUUUCAGUCGAUAUUUUAGCUCUGACCACGGCUUGCAGGAUGGACUUGUACAAAUUCCCCUUCGACACCCAAAUCUGCAAUAUAACAUUUCACUCUGCUGUGUAUACAGAUGAGGAGAUGGUUAUUUUUCCAUUUUCUGAAUCAAACAACAUUACUCAGGAUUCCAAGAGUCUAUUUGAGGCCCAGGGAGAGUGGGAACUCCUCUUAAUAAGAUAUUUUAAGACUAAUGCCACGAUUGUGGGGAAUAUGCAAGAUCUGCUGGUAUAUCAGGUAAGGAGCACAUAGCUAUGGAGUCAGAACUAAAUGUAAAAGUAGAAUGAUAAAACACAAAAUCAAACUUGACCUUUAAAAGGUGCAGCAUACAAGUACCACUAUUCUGCCCCGGCAAUGGUGUUCAAAACCAAAGCUGACAGAUAGUUAACAGAAAUAAAGCACCAUCACACUUUCUUCUUGCGAAUGUGAAGCACUUUUAAAUUGAUUUGCUUGUAAAACUAAAAAGGAAAAAUACAAAAGGUAAAAAUUACAAAGUGAUUACGAAAUAUCACAAAUAAUAGACAUCUUUCACAUUUGUAAACAUAAACUGACAUAUUUAAACUGAUAUCAAACAGCUAAAUAAACAAUCCAGGCACUUUAAUGACGUGCAUCUAUAUGCAAGCUUGUUAGCAUUUAGAACAGAACAUCAAGCAUUAAACAUUUCAACACUGACCCUCCUUAAUCAAUUUAACCCAAAGGAAGUAUUGCAGAUGUUUUCAAAAUAAAAUUAGUAACUUACAGUCGUUUCUAUCACAAGGGCUGAAAGCAAACAACAACGCGUCUCUGCAUGGCGA